AUGACGGGCAGCCGUGGCGGCUGCUUGCACGCUCUCCCGCCGCUCCUGCCGCUGCUGCUGCUCCUCGUUGGCGCGCUCGGCUGGCCAGCUUCGGCCGCCAGCACUCACGACGCUCCGGACGAAGACGACGAGCGGAUGCCAUCCUGGGCUUUCGAGGAGGAGAACCAGACCGAUUUCGGGAGACGCGGAAGCGCAUCCGCCGCUUUCUAUCGAAGCAAUAAGGACGCAUGGCGCUUACCUGGGCAGUACAUUGUGGUGCUCAAGAAGGAAACCCGUAAGCCGCAGACAUCACGAACUGCCACGCACCUGCAGGCUAGAGCAGCUAAGCAUGGCUAUCAGACCCAAAUCCUCCAUGUCUUUGUGGAGCUUUUCCGGGGCUUUAUUGUGAAGAUGAGCAGUGAUGUGCUGCCCCUGGCUUUGAAGCUGCCACAUGUGGAUUACAUAGAAGAAGACUCCUAUGUGUUCGCUCAGAGUAUUCCCUGGAACCUUGGCCGGAUAGUUCCGAUGCAAGUCAAAUCGAGUGAAUACAAUCCUCCCAAUAAGGGUGACCUGGUUGAGGUUUAUCUGCUAGAUACUGGAGUUCAGAGCAACCACCGGGAAAUCGAGGGCAGAGUGUUUGUGACAGAAUUUGAGAAUGUCCCAGAUGAGGAUGGCACUCGUUUCCACCGACAAGCCAGUAAGUGCGACAGCCACGGGACCCACAUGGCUGGUGUUGUGAGCGGGAGGGACGCUGGAGUGGCCAAAGGAGCCAGUGUCCGCAGCCUCCGAGUGCUGAACUGCCAGGGCAAGGGCACAGUGAGUGGCAUACUGAUCGGACUGGAAUUCAUCCAAAGGACUCUGGCCACCCAGCCCUACAGCCCACUAGUUGUGUUGCUGCCCCUGGCUGGCGGCUACAGCCGCAUUCUGAACGCUGCCUGCCGCCUGAUGGUGCAGAUGGGGGUGGCGAUCAUAGCCGCAGCAGGCAACUACAAGGACGAUGCUUGCCUGUACUCUCCAGCAGCUGAACCAGAGGUUAUCACAGUUGGUGCCACCAAUGUCGAGGACCAGCCUGCUUCCAUGGGGUCCUUGGGGACCAAUUUUGGCCGUUGUGUAGAUGUGUUUGCCCCUGGAGAUGACAUCAUUGGAGCCUCCAGUGACUGCAGUACCUGCUUCACAUCACAGAGUGGGACAUCGCAAGCAGCUGCACAUGUAGCAGGCAUUGCGGCCAUGAUCUUGAACACCAACCCUGGCCUGUCCAUCUCUGAGCUGAGACAGAGGCUGAUCCACUUCUCCAUCAAAAGCCUUAUCAAUGAAGCUUGGUUUCCUGAAGAUCAGAGGUUGUUAACCCCCAACAGGGUGGCUGGGCUUCCCCCCAAACUUGUGGCAGAUGAAGAGCUGUACUGUCGCUCCGUGUGGUCUCCCUUGUCUGGAUUGUCCAGUGGGGCAACAGCUGCUGCGCACUGCAGCAGCAAUGAAGAAAUGUUCAGCUGCUCAAGCUUAUCAAAGAAUGGGAAACAGCGGGGCACACGCAUUGAGGAUAAUGGAGGCAGGAAAGAAUGUGUUGCACAUAACAGAUUUGGUGGCCAAGGGGUCUAUGGCAUAGCCCGGUGUUGCAUUUGGCCCAAAGCUGACUGCCAAAUUAACACCCUCUCAGAGGGCUCAGCAGUGCAAAGUGUCAGCUGCACUAAAGACACCCAUGUUUUGACAGGUUGCAGCUCUCAUUCUCCAGUGGGAGAGUUCAUUGGCACCAUCCGACCUGUGCUUGGGUCAGAAAGUGGCCAUGACCACUGCAUAGGCCAGGCAGAGGCAACCGUACAUGCUUUCUGCUGCCACGUGCCAAGCAUUGAGUGCAAGGUCCAGGAGUACUUUUCUGCAACGUAUCAACCAAAGGUGAUGGUGGCUUGCGAUGCUGGCUGGACCCUGACCGGAUGCAAUGCUCAGGCGCAUGGCAAUAAUGCUCUCGGUGCAUAUUCAGUGGACAACACUUGUGUUGUGAUAAGCAGCCCAGGCAGCAAAGGAGCAAGGGCUUUUGUCAUUUGCUGUAGAAAGAGACUCUUGGAAAAUGAGCAGCACAGUUCGAAUUAUAAGUGA